GUCAUUCGCUGUUGCUGUCAAAUUGUAGGCUUCUGUUGUUUGCUUCACAGAUUUUUCUUUUUAUUUUAGACAAUUGAAGCUAUUUUAUUGAAAUAUAUUUAAUAUUUAUGGGUAUUUCAGGGCUAAACGAAUAAAUGUUUGGUUCAUCCUUUUACCUCUGACCGUUGUUAAUUUUGUUAGGCAUAGCGCAGCUAUUUUUUUCUUCUUAAAUUAACGAGAACAAAAUAAACCUCGCAAAACGUAUAAAUACCUUCAUGUUACAGAGAAAUAUUUUUGGAACAAGUGUUUAAGUGUUGAAAAAUUACGCGCAAAUGCCAAGCGUCGUCAGGGUCACACCGAUGCGAGAACUCGAUCGGUAUAGUGUUACUCGGGGGUACUAUGCUGUUUAUCAGUGCCUUGGCGAUCGGCAUGAUUACCGGCCUGCAAAAUGUCACGACGGAGAUGUCGACGACGGACAGUGACGUCACCGUUACGACAGAGGACAUGGGUCUCGUGGAGCCGACGAGGCUCGCGCCACCCGUCGGCGACUCGGUCAACGUUACGCUACAGGAGCGGCCAUCGAUGUGGGACAUGUACUUGCACCACUGUCCCAAGUGGCGGCCGGUCAACCACAUCUUCUUCCAAGUGGCGAAUGCGUGUUUCUUGGCGUCAUUCCUGGCGCCGCACACGCCGGCGGGGCUAGUGUGGCUGCGCGUGGCGCUCGUGCUCGGCUGCGCGUUCUCCGGUUUGUGGGCGUGGAGCGUCCAGUGCUACCUGGAUGCCGUGUUGUGGAACAGUGCUUUUGUAGUGAUCAACUUUGUAUAUUUUGCUGUGCAGUUCUAUUUGAUGCGACCUAUCAAGUUCCACAAGGAAAUUGAAGAGGUGUACGUGGCUCUGUUCGCACCUCUGCGCGUCUCGCGGCGGCAGUUCCGGCGCGUGCUGCAGUGUAUGCGCAGCGUGCGCCAUCUCAAGUGCCACGAGCUGUACGCGCACGAGAAGGUCACCAAGGUGGACAGCCUCUCGCUCGUUCUCUCCGGCAAACUGGUGGUGUCGCAGAGCCAGCGCGCGCUGCACAUCGUCUUCCCGCACCACUUCCUUGACUCGCCCGAGUGGUUCGGCGUCUCCACUGAUGAAUAUUUUCAGGUGUCGAUAAUGGCGAUGGAAGAGUCGCGCGUGCUGGUGUGGCACCGCGACAAGUUGAAGCUCUCCAUCAUGUCUGACGGCUUCCUGCAGGCGGUCUUCGACCACAUCCUCGGCCGCGACGUCGUGCACAAACUCAUGCAGGUGAGCGAGACGAUGGCGGCGAGCAACGGCCACUUGCCCAACUGUUACGAGGAGGGCGAGGACAAGCCCAUGCUGGUGGUGAAGAAGGCGGGCGACGGGCCCGGCAUCACCGCCCUGCUCAACCGGCAGCUGCAGGCGACGGACCCCAACGCUUGGCGUCUGGGUCGCAUCGAGGAGAACGACCACGAGACGCCCGUCUGAGGGCGCGCCGCGACCAAGCGGGGGCGUGCGUCUCGGCCCCGCCCCCGGCCCCGG